UCUCAGACUCGACCAAUGAGUUGAGUAAAGAGCAUCCAGCAACAAAAUUUAAUAUAGUGUUCUCCGUUUUAUGAUCCUAAUUUAAGUUUCGGCUAGCUGCCUGCAGAGAUUUUUGAAGCGCUGUUGAUGCCUAAUAUUGGUGAGUUUUUAUUUAUUGCUCAAACCGGAAGGACGUAUACAUAGUUUUAUGUUUCGGUUACUGUCGCGAUCCGUGUUCGGUGAGUACCGACUGAUCCGGAGUUUCUUCUGAUUGGAUUUUCAUAAAAAACCUAAGAGAAAACCAGUUCCAUUUUGAUUGUUUUGUGCAUUUGGAAAUCAUGAAAUUCCGCGCCAUAAUAAACGAUACCAUUCACAUGCGGGAACUGUUUAAUAUCAUAACGACAUGUUCGCGUAUCAACCGAAACAUAGUUAUCAACGUGCAACCGUCCAAGUUUUUCAUCCAGAUAGAAACGGAAGUAGAAGCCGCUCAGUGCCUUUGGUGCGAGAUCGAUGCAUCAAAUCGUUCUGGCUUUUUCAGUGAGUACGUCAUGGACGGAGUGGACGAGGCACACAAUCAAAUCUUUCUCACUGCCCUGGCAGCUAAUCUGGUUCGUGCGUUGUCCUCCCUGCGAAAUACAUCCGUUAACGAUGUGAAGCUUAAGCUAGUCAAAACAGAUAUCGCCUGCCUGAUGGUUGAAAUAAAUGGUAUAAUGAACAAUGAUAGCGACGUCAUGUGUCCUAAAAUACAGCAUGCUAUCCCUGUAACGGUCGCGCCUCGAAGCGAAUGGAAAAACUUUAACCUGCCGCUGGAUAUGGACUACGAUCUGACAAUCGUAAUGCCUUCAUUCAAAUCCCUCCAAGGUUUGAUUGACAAAAUGAAGAAUCUUGCGCCAGCGGUUACAAUUUACGUAACAUUGGCCGGAGAGCUUUCGUUAGUGGUGGAAACGGACGUGGUUACCGUGGGCAGUCACUACAAGCGCCUGCAGAGUGGCAGGGCACGACGUCCGAAUAAUGCCGAUGAUGCUGCGGAGGAAGUGGAAUCGUUAACGGAAGCAGCUUGUAGGGUGGAUUCGAAGAAACUCGCCACCCUCCUGGAGAGUUUGAAUUGUUUCAACAUGAAAAUGAUCGCCAACAUCAAACAUGAAACCUUAUUUAACGUGACGUAUGAAAUGAAGGAUAACGUGUUUAUGAACUUUGUACUGCCAGCGGUUGAAUUCGAAUAAAUGAAAUGCUGUUGUGUUGAAUGAA